CCCGGCACGGCGCGGGCGCCGGCCGUGGAGAACGGUGUGGAGGGCGAGGGGGGCCCCACAGUGUCCGAGAAGGCGGCCGGCGCGCCGGUCAAGAAGCGCUACCCGACGGCGGAGGAGAUCCAGGUGAUCGGAGGCUACCUGUCGCUGCAGAAAUCCUGCCUGGCCAAGAAUGACCCACACCGGAAAAAGUUGAAGAUCUCAUUCAGCGAGAGCCAGCUGGAGCGUACCUUCCAGUACCCGUCCGAGGGGUCCCUCCUGGAGGAGUUCGGGCCCCCCGAGGAGUCGGACGCACCAGCUUGUGUCAACCCCCAUGGGGAGGAGGACGAGGAAGAAGAGGAGCUGCUGCUCCUCCAUCGCGGCCUGCCCGGCGUGCUCAGGACCAAAGCCCUCCUCGUGGAUGAAUCCUGCAGGCGAUAACCCGGUGGAAACCAGCCCCCUCGUGACGGGAGGAGGGGGGAUGGGGCAGGUCCAGAAAGCUCCUGAUCGGCCCCUUCUCCUUCGUCUUCCAACAACUUCCCCGCGAGAACAAGGACUGGAAGGAAUUCGGCCCCCGCCCUCCAGGCGGUGGCUAGACUAGAGAAGCCAUGCUCCAGCGUGACUGCUCCCCCAAGGCCCAGCUGGGGAGAUGCAUUCAAGAAAUAAACUGUAUGCAGACAGCCUCUAGGAACAAACCCACUGAAGCCAGCAGGGGGUGCUCUGCACCACACGGACAGUGCCGGAGAGCCCAUUGCUCCUGCAGCCGUGGGGGGGGGAAAGGCGCUCUUCACCAUCCGGACUUUGUUGGGAGAGCCCAUUGCUCCUGCAGCCGUGGGGGGGGGAAAGGCGCUCUUCACCAUCCGGACUUUGUUGGGAGAGCCCAUUGCUGCUGCAGCCAGCAGGGGGAUGCUCUAAACCCCAUGGACUCUACUGCCGUCAGCAGGUCAUCAGGCCUACCUUUUCAGCCAAAGGUUAAAGGUCACACCCCCUCCCCCCAAAAUGGGUGUGGAUGGACUAAUUGUUAGUAGAGGGUGGCAAAGAAAACCACCCCGCCACCAUACACACAUGCAAUUUUUUUUGUAACUCUUGACCCCUUUUUCUAGGGGAUGUCAUGCAGGUGAGGAACUUUUGCUACCCAGUUUUUACUUCCUAAUAAUGCUGCCCGGGUGGUCAGAGUUAAGGGGAGUUAGCGUAGAACAGUGGGGGUGGGGUCUAUUGGGGAAGGGAGGGAUCACUUUGCUACUUGACAAGUCCCACUCAUAACUGGAGAGGAUCACUGUUGGAGGCGGGGCAAUCUACGACUGGGGCGGAGCCACUUGAGACGGAGGCGGAGCCAGUCAGUAUUUGGAGGGUGGGGCAAAUUGCUAUUUUGCAGGGGUGGGAGGGCCAUUUGUAAGUAGGCUGGAGCUAGUUACAGGUGGGGCCAUUUUUGUAUACUUGAGGCAAGCCUAGUUGUGUUGGGGGGGAACGGGGCAGUAUGUGGUUCGAGGGUGGGAGCCAGAGCCAGCCAGGAUUUGGGGAGGAGACUGGAGGUGGGGGACGACGAAGUGAUGGAGGCAGAGGGCGGGCCAAAGGGGUGACUUCCUGUUUUAGCCAUCCCACUUCCUCUUUAGGUGGAGCAAUUUCACCUCCUUUCAUGGGGGCGGGAGGAGGUUGUGCCAUGUGACUGUGGACUUGGAUGAGUGUGUGGGGACGAGCGUGAGCGUGGAGGGAAUGGGGAAUUCAGUGUGUGGGGAGGGCAGGGAGUGAGUGGGGGUGGGCCUGGAUGGAUGGAUGAAUGAGCCCCUCCUCCGUGAGUUUAGUUCAUUCUCGUUAUGACUAUUUUUUUUCCUUUGCACUGGGGGAAGCAGUCGCGUCCUCGCCCAGGAACGAGGGGGCGAGUGAACGAACAAAUGCGGCACGCUCCUCCCCCCGCCCAGAGCAG